AUGGCGGUCGCAACAUUACCAUCGGAUUCUUCUGUAGAAUCUCUGAAGCAGGCCAUCAGAUCGACGUCAACAUGCUCCAACGCUACUUUGUUGUCUCUACAAACACUACUCCGAGGACCCUCGAGGACUUCAACAGAAGUUGAUAACUACACAUCGAGAAGGAACGAAAAGUAUGCGAAAAUCUCAGCAGCUACAGUGCGCUCGAGAACGACGCGGGCGACGAGGUCGAAGACUGGGGUGAAGUCAGCAACGUUAUAUCCUCCGAUAGAUACAGACGCUGGCCGAUUGUCAUGCCAGGAGAAACUCGUUCUUGCCACAGAUGUCUUCAACAUAACACUGAAGACCCUAUCUGACGCCACAAAAGCAGACGGUUUUAAAUCCCAAUCUCGAUCCAAUGAUGAAGAAGGCGCCCACCCUCGAUUGCGCAAGGACCCUCUCCAACCUGCCUUGUCCAACCGCAUCAUAUCAUCGCCUAAGAAAUCGAAAGCAUCUAAGCAACCACAUACAGUCUCUCGGUUGGACGAGGGUAUUCUAGCGACUGCUGAAUGUGGUAGGUUGGCGCUGUCAUGUCUCAGAGUCUUGAAAAAUGAGAGCUUAAGUGAAGGGAACACAUAUCGCAACGUUCAACUCGAGCAAGCCUCAUGCGUACUGACGGGAAGGUUUAUAUCGCUGGGUCUCAAUGAUAUGGCAUACAAGGAACUGCGAGCUCUCAAACGAAGAAUCCAGCACUACCUUGACAGAGUCAGCGUCGGGGAAAACUCGACAUUAAAAGACGGCCACGAUGAAGAGACGGGAAAGGAAAAAAUGUCCGACUUACUUACUUUUACGAACAUCUCAAAUGGGAAGUCUUUGUACGGGUUGCUUGUCACGUUCCAAGCGAACGCCAUGCGACUUAUUUCUUCGGAGCCGAAGGUCUCUACUACGCAGAAGAUCCAUGCUUCCUUACAAUUUUCAAACCCAAGCAGUCCUGUUAACAUUAUAAUGGCCGCGUUUGAAUCUGGGAGUCUUCCAAGCGACAAGACAGCUCUUCAACUUCAACUACUGUCGAACACGGUGCUUUCUCUUUGUUCCUGCACUGAAAAGUCCAACGAUACCCCUAAAGAGCACUCGAAACCGAUAACAAUACUAUCUCUCCAACUUUUAUCUCUUGAGAUUCGCUGCUUGGGGUGGCAGGUGGCAGGCCAUGUUUGUGACGAGGGAAGAGAAGUGUGGGAUCCCUUAUCUCGCUACCUUGGGAACUUUGCCCAUCAAAGUAAAGAGAUAGGCCGGUCAGAGUUUGUCGCAAUAUACAAAACAAUCCUGCGCCUUCAGUCAGCUGUCGCGAUAACGAAACGGAAACCUUCUAAUAAUUCGAAGACGUCUUUGAACUCGGCAGUGAAGAUUACAACCAUCCUUGGACAACUUGCACAGGAAUCGGGAUGCUUUGACGAGGCUCUGAAGCUAUAUGCAGAAGCUCUCACUCCUUUUUCCGUUCGACAGUGCAUUUAUCUCUGUACAGUACGGUGUAAGAUCGCUUCCGUUCAUAUCCAAGCUUUGAAAUAUGGAAAGUCUUCCGAGAUUUCCUUGACAAAUUCGCUUCUGGAAGCCACGUCAGCGCUAGGAUUGUCAUUGAAAGGCAGUCCUGAUGAACUGGAUGAACUCCUUGUCGAAGCUGCGAAAUUGAAGAAGCUGUCAAUGUCGUGGCUUGGGAGCAUACUUGCCAAGGAUGAUAGAUGUCUCCAGGAGAACGAUAUUCUCAAACGACUGCACGAAUACCUCCAUGGCUUCAUAAGAUUCUUACGACGCUAUAUCGGACACCAACCUUCGCCCGAGGCUGAACCUAAGGACCAGGAACUGUUUCAGAAAAGGGCGUGCCUAUCUAGGAAUGUUGCACUUGCCGCUGUGGAUUCUGCAUUGGCUAUUGGGAAGCUUUCUGUCACAUCAGGAAGACCUCAUUGGGACGAUAUAUUGUCUAUUUUCACAGACUGCCAGCGUCUUCUCAUGACUCUCCAGUGUGCAGUGGGUACUGACUUAGAACAUCUUGAAGAUGAUGAUUGCGGUAUGGGACUUGUGAGACUGUCGAAUCUUUUUUGGUCUCGCUACCUGAAGGAGAAAGAAGCGGGCAAAGAUUCCAGCGAGCUUCUUUCUCUUCUGAGACAAUGUACAGGCUUACUCUCGAAUUGCUCUCCAUCGCAAAGGAACACCGGCUUUGCGGCCCUCAAGUUUGAACGGCUUGCACAUCUGUGCCUAGAAUGCAACAGGGGUACUGAGUCUGAAAAAGCAUUUCGGCAGUCAAUACUGGAUCAUAUAGGCUCGGGAAUCCUGAGUCAGAUUUCUUCCGAUACGACUGGGCUAUACCCCGAUCGCUCUUGUCGAGAUCCCAAAAGCAAUGGCUUUGCACUUGGCCGCGUGCUUACGGCUUUUUUGAAGAUGAAGAUGCGGCGCAAAGAUCUUCGAAUGGGUAUUAUUUUUGAUGAUGACUUACCAGAGCCCGAGCAAAAUGCCUUACUCGAGUGGCAAAUGGCGAUUUUGCUGGACUUGCAUGCUCAUACUCGCAGCGACGAAUAUUUUUGCCUUGCCUUAAGCACUCUAAUAUCCAAGCUCCUUAAUAUAUAUUCGCCUGAACGCUAUCCAAUCCGCCGUCUACGAGUUAUUCUUCGCGGUUUGCGGUUUACGUUAGAACAUCCGAAUUCUUUAGAUCCAGCAUUGGUCCAAAAGCUUGUCGAUGAAGGUACAGAAGGUUGUAAGAGUUCUCAAGACCUCCGUGGAGAUUAUGCGAUGGAGAGAUUUGCUGCGCAUGUAAAAAACUCACUGAAAAUAAUGGUCGGCUUUCACAACGGAAAGAUAGGGCCACCAGAGCUCAGCGAUGCGGUAUCAUCAUGGUCGUCCAUGGUUCAAGAGUGCGGGGAUUGGAAAGCACUUGAAUCUUGUAUCGAUGAUACCGAGUUCUGGCUCCUUCAAAUGAAAGCCUUGAUCGAUUAUGCAGAGGUUCACGGGCUAUGGAAAUAUCAGAUAUCCGUUCUUGAACUAGUUCUGCGGGCCAUGGAACUACAAGAAGCCGGCGAUUUCUCCAGCAUCAUAGUCUUUCUUUCGCGGCUCGCGUCACAGUACUGCAGGCUUGGAUACUGCAAAAAGGCCGGUGGCCUUCUUGCGCGUGCCGAUCAGUAUCUUUGCAAGCGAGACGUUUCAUGUCUAGCGACUGUCACGUACAAGUUGGCGCAAGUGGAAUAUCUGCUUGAAAUCGCAGAUGUUGAAAAAGCUACGGAUGCGCUCGCAACUGCUCGAGCGCUAUAUGAGGAAACGCAAGAAAAGGGAGGCUUGGCUAAUUGCACCGUUCAGUCGAAGAUAUUGUGGGAAAGAUUGGUGGCAGACGCAGCCUUCAUCCAUUCACGACUUUCCUGUGCGCAAGGAUCAAUUAGCCAUGCUCUUUACUUUGCCAAAUUAUCCGUCAGGUUGAACUGCAGGAUUUGGGCUAAAAUUGAGAAAUUAGCUCAGAUUAGACAAGAAAAGUUUCAAACAGCAACCAUCAAUUCGGAAGUCGAGACAGUCACCGAAGGAUUGCCGAAACUUGACGUUUCCCAUGUAGCUUCUUCAGAAUCAUCAGGAAGUUAUUCACAAGGUGCCCCCUUCUGGCCCCAUGUCGGCUCGCAUCAUAUUUGCCUGCUGAAUCUUGCCAAUUUAUCGGCUCAUCAUGGGCUAUUCCAGGACGCUAUAUAUUAUGGAGAACAGGCUUUGAAAAUGAACAAAACUCUUCACGUUAAUGUUCGCCAGAUUGCUUCUCAGGCCCAGCUAGGCUCUCAUUGGAUCCUUGGUGGACAUGUGUCGGAGGGACAAGAACUAUUGGAAACUGCAACGGAGGCGUCUAAGAACCUGGAGAGCAGUAUCGAACUUGUUUCUCUGCAAAUGGGCCUUGCGGCUCUCUACAGGGCAAAGAGCGAUCACGAUGAUGAGUUGCAAGCCCUCGCGAAUGCCGACAAGCUUAUUCUCGAAAUAAUAGGCUCCGGAGAUAGGAAUUGUGUUUCGGAGUCCUCGACCCUAUCUGAUCUUGAACAUAAGAUGGACAAGUUGCAGAUUCGAGGGAGCAGUCGAAGGCCGCAGCAACAAACGGCCACGGGACGACGAACUCGUGCAAUGACGACGUCUGUACGGAGCGGCUCAAGGAAGGUAUCAAAAAUGGCUGACACUUCCAGUGCUGUUCAUUCGAUCUCUCUGUUGAAGCAUAGAGCCGAUAUUCUUCUACAACAAGCGGGCUGUCUUCGUGCAUUACAAGACUUCGACAAGGCCACCAACCUAUUGAGUGAUGCAAGGCAGUUUGCUGUUUCUAAUGACAACAAAAUAUCGCUGCACAUCGGCGAAACUGAGCAUCUUCUUGCUCAUGCAAUACAGUGUCUUGCUACACAUCGUGUCUAUUGCGUUCUCCCAGAAUCCACCAUUUCACUGCCAUCAUUGCAGUCGAUAGGCGGAACAGCGGCCGAACUGUCAAGGAAAGGUCCUGCUCUGCGAAGACAAAAAGUACCAGUAAAACGUGGCCGUCCUUGUGCCCCUAAAGCGACAGAAGACUUCACUGCUUCGCUGGCAAAGGCUAGCGAUUGCGUAAACGAUAUCCUCUCUACUGCUACUGCGGUGGGAUCUACCUUUGACAGCCAUACAAUCUGCGGAUUGAACAGUCGAAUUUCCAUAUUGUCUCAUGCUACAACUUCCGAAUAUUCACUAGCAAGGUUCAAAUCUGCGGCGAACGUAAAUGAAAUUUCCCGCAUCGGUGCCUUCUCCCGAGAGCGAACAGCAAUUGACAUCGACAAGCAAUUGGCUGAGUUUUCGGAGUCCCUGUUUUGGCCAACUCCCUCUAUCCCAGCUGUUGGGUUAGAUAUUGACGCGGGUUCGAAGUUCACCGAAAACUACGUUGAUAUUUUGCCGGAUAGUUGGAAUGUUCUCUCCUUGUCAUUGAGUGCGGAUCAUUCCGAGUUCGUCGUAUCGAAAUUGCAAAAAGGACACUCGCCUUUUCUUCUACGACUCCCACUUACGAGAGGGAAUUCCGAUGAUGAAGAUGACCAGUUUACCUUCAAGGAUGGCAGGGAGGAGAUGAAAGAAAUUAUCAGGCUGGCUAACGAAAGCGCGCAUGCGGCUCGAUCUCAGACCGACAGGAUUUCAAAAAAGGAAUGGUGGCGCAACCGGGAGUCAAUCGACCGUCGUCUGGAAACCCUGCUACAGAACAUCGAAAAUGUCUGGUUUGGGGGUUUCCGCGGGAUUUUUUCUCCAAUGCCACGAGAGGACAGUAAUCUAGCUCAGUUUGCUAGCUCCUUCCACGGCAUCCUCGAUAAACACUUGCCGUCCAGACAGAAGGGUAACAGGGCUACCGGACCGAGGUUAAUGCUCCAUCAGGAUGUACUGGCAUUGUUUGUAGGGCUCCAAGAUCUCCAGGAUCAGGAAGAUUCGGAAGACAUACUUAUGGAUCUUCUUUAUUUCGUGGUCGAUAUUUUGCAGUUUCAGGGAGAGCGCAAUGCAUACGACGAGAUCGACUUCGACAUGAUGGUCGUUGAGACACUCGAUGCCUUGAGAGCUUAUCAUAAUGCUGAGCGACGUGAACAGGAAAGAGGGGCACCACACCAUACGAUACUGAUUUUAGACAAGGCACUGCAUUUCUUCCCGUGGGAAUCCCUCCCAAGCUUGCAGGGACUUCCGGUUUGCCGUGUCCCAUCCUUGGAGUGCCUUCGUGACCGAGUCUUGCGAUUCCGUGACCGACAAACAGAUAGGAGCCUGACAAGGGUCCUUAUUGACCGCGCUAAAGGUGCUUAUGUUCUCAACCCUACAGGGGACCUGAAAACAACACAGGAAACAUUCGAGCGCAAGCUUUCCUCCCUGGAUACCUGGACCAAGAUUGUCAAUCGGGAACCAACGGAGGAGGAGUUCAAGAAGUCGUUAGAAUCAAAUGAUGUGUUCUUAUACUUUGGCCACGGUAGCGGAGCACAAUAUAUACGCGGCCGGACAAUCAAGCGGCUGGAUCGAUGCGCUGUUACGUUUCUUAUGGGCUGCAGCAGUGGUACACUGACCGAAGCUGGAGAGUACGAACCGUACGGGACGCCCAUGAACUACCUGCAUGCCGGCAGUCCUGCACUAGUGGCCACGCUAUGGGAUGUCACCGACAAGGAUAUCGAUCGCUUCGCGAGCUCUACGUUUGACAACUGGGGUCUCGUUAAAGAGCCAGGUGCAAAUGACAGAGAGAUGGAGGCUGGCUCCACGGCCACGAGGAGGGGAAGGCCGAGAGGUGCCAAGGCAAGUGGUCGCUCCUUAGAGCGUUCCACUCCCGAGACUACGGAUCCUCUCCCGGUGGCCUUGGAUGAGGCUGUAGCCAAGUCAAGAGGGUCCUGCCUGCUCAAGUACCUAAACGGCGCGGCACCAGUGAUAUACGGCGUUCCAGUGUUUUUAUGAUAGAGAAAUGUGUGUCUUGGAAGGGCGUCAGUUGUUUGGAAAGGCGUUUGGUGUAGUGACAGAAAUAGCAUCUUUAUCCAUUAUCUCUUUUC